GCGGCUUUUUUCUCUUUUUUUUAGGUCUGUCGUCCUCGGCGGAUUCCUGGGAGCAGGGGAGGGGGAGCGAGCGUCGCUCGAGAGCCAGAGGUUGGGGAAUGACUGGGCGGCGUCCUGCAAAGAGCAAAGGCUGAUCCCGCUAUUGCUGAGUGUUUUUUUUUUUAGGGGUGUCUCCAAAGGGCAGGGGAGCUAGAUCCCUGCCCUGGCCCCGCUGCGGGUCAGAUAGACUUCUUCUACCCAAGGAGGCUCUUCAUCAUCAUCAGAUGGUGAAAUAGGUAUUAAAAGAUUUUCACCCUCUGCGAAGCUGACGCGUAUUUUGAAGGAUACCUCCAUGGCUAGAUGUGAAAUCUGUUGGGAGAUUUUCGGAAUAUGCUGCAGUUUGUCCUAUGAACCAUCAGUGAAAGAGCAACUGCCUUCCUCAAAUCAAUCACUCCAGCUCAAUUGGCAAACAAGGGACUCGCUCGCUGGGCUGCAGAACAGUCUGAGCCUAAAGCAAGGAUUGAUUUGAUUGCUUAUUAUCACUAACUCUUGUUGUGACUCUUUUAAUCUUUUUAUGUUGGAUUUUUGAAAUCGUUUGCAAGCCGCCUAGAGUCACUGAAAGUGAGCAGGCGGCCAUAGAAAUUCUCUAAAUAAAUCAAUCCUUGAAAUAAAGAAAGAUUUCCAGCAAGGAAGGGAAGUCACAGGAAAAAGGGAACCUGUGGGCUGGAUGCAAAGAUGAAACAAUCAGACCCACUGAUGGAUCUGAAUUUGGAGAAGAGCCCUGUUGAGGCUUUUGUUCCUGGAGAGUUUCCAGGCUUCCUAGCCUCGAAACAGAUCAAACGAGAUCCUGAAGGGGGACAAGACCAGGAUUGGGAUGGCCAGGGGCAGCAGGAAUCCUUAAAGUCAAGGCGUCUCCCUCAUUCAGUUGGGCGGCAGAGGAAUUUUGACCCCUGGGACGAUGCCAAGUCGUUUUUGAUCUCCUUUGAGCAGGUGGCUGAAGCUUGCCAGUGGCCUAAAACUGAAUGGGUGGCCCGGCUUCUACCGGCACUGACUGGACAAGCCAGAGAGGCCUUUAACAGCCUGGAAAACGGAGACCAAGAAGAUUAUGGGAAAGUCAAGGCUGCCAUCAUGCGAGCAGCAGCCUUCAAAAUGGAGGCCCAGCGCCAGCACUUCCGACGGUUCCGUUACCAUGAGGUUGAAGAUCCGCAGAGAGUUUAUAGACGUCUCCGGGAGCUUUGCCACCAGUGGCUGAAGCCGGAGAGACACACCAAGGAGCAGAUCCUGGAGCUGCUGAUCCUGGAGCAGUUCCUGGCCAUCCUGCCCCCGGAGAUCCAGAGCUGGGUCCGGGAAUGUGACCCAGAGAAUUGGAUCCAGACUACUGAGCUGAGAGAGGAUUUCCCGAGGAGCCAAAAUGAGGCAGAGGCAUGGAAACAACAGGUGCCGGUAUCUUCCAAAGACAGGAUUGAAGAUGCACGCAAUCCUGUAAAGGAACUGCUGUUUGUGGAGAAGGAAGAACAUAUUCCUAGGAUUCGGAGAUCAACGCAUCAAGAUGAUGAAAACAGCCCUUGUAGCCAUCCAGUAUCUUUUCCUCCACCUGAGGGUCGAGACUUCAUUGAAACGGGACCAAAUGAGGGAUCGGUGGACUUUGAACUGGCUGUGCAUUUCACUGAGGGAGAAUGCUCUUCACUGCACCCAGCCCAAAAAGCUUUUUACAGAGAGAUCCUGCAAGACGGCAGCGAGCAGGGAACAUCUUUGGAUCACCUCACGGAAACCGAGAUCAAGGAAGAAACGCUCCAGCCUCCGGGCAGCCCUGAAGUGGAGGGAGACCACCAAACAGAAAGCUCAUGUGAGGAAGGAUUCGUGAAGCGCCUUCUCCAGAAAGGAAACACUGAUUUAGAAAACACAGAGGGGGCAACAUUGCCAAGGAGGUCGCUUUGGGAAGAGGGCCAGGCCCUUAACCAGCAUCUAACCCACAUAAGUAAGCAAUGUCCCGACUGCGGAGAACAAUUCUACCCUCAGCUGCCAAUGGCAAUGCAUCAGUUGACCCACGCUGACGUCAGAUUGAUGGAGCACCAGAACGUCCAUGCACAGGAGGAGACAUUUUUCCGCUGUCCCAGCUGCGAAAAAAGCUCCUUGGCGCACCGACCGAUCGACACAGGGGAGGGGCCAGGCCCACCCGUCGGGUUCGGGAGACGCUCCCGCCAGCGGAUUCAGCCAAGCCAGCAUCGCCCGAGGCAAGACGGCGGAGACAAAGCUUACGAAUGUCCUUUAUGCCGGAAGGAAUUCCAGAGAAAACGCAACCUCACGGCGCACCUGAAGACCCACACGGGGGAGAGGCCGUACGGGUGUUUGCAGUGUGGGAAACGCUUCAGCGAGAAAGCCAAGCUGACCCGACACCAAAGGGUCCACACCGGGGAGAAACCCUACACCUGUCCCACUUGCCUGAAAAGUUUCAGCCAAAGAGAGACGUUGCUGAAGCACCAAAGAAUCCACAUGGGAGAGAAACCUUAUCGGUGGGGAAGAUUUUGGACCGAGAGAGAUGCUGUGGUAGCAUCACUGAAUUCACCCAGGAGGAAACUUCAGUAGUGUUUUGUGAAGCUUGGAAGCGAAUACGGGUGUUCCUCAGCUUACGACGGCAAUCGAGCCCUCAAAUCUCCAUUGCUGAGCAAGUAAGAAAAGGUAUGCAGAACAACAGAGUUCGAAGGGUCCGUGGAGGUCUUCUAGUCCAGCCCCCUGCUCAAGCAGGAAAUCCUAUACCAUCCAUUCCAGUGGUGGUCCAAUCUCUUCUUCAAACCUCCAGUGUUGGGGAUCCCACAACUUCUGAAGGCAAGUUCCUCCAUGCCAUGAAAUGCCUUACAGGAAUAAUAAGAUUUAUCCAAACAUUUAAAAAUGAAUAAAUAAAGGACAAAUGAAAUUAAAUGGGACACAGAGACUUUACUUGGGGAUCUAUUUUGCCCUUAAAUAUAAUUAACUAGCUGAUAACUCGGCAUUGCCCAGGUAUUUAUUUAUAGGGGGGAAAUGUCCGGACCAAACGUAAUUUCUA